AUUUUAAAAAGCAUUGCCCCGAUCUCCACUAUUUUUCUCUCUGCUGUGAUCAGUCAAAGUCUGUAAAUGGGACGGCGGAGAUGGCCUCGAAGCGGAGGAAGCUGAGAAGCUGAGAGAAAAAGAGAGAGUGUGUGGAGAGUAGGGACUAUGCGAACUCUUUGUGAUGCUUGCGAGAGCGCAGCAGCUAUCCUGUUCUGCGCCGCAGACGAGGCCGCCCUCUGCCGUGCCUGCGACGAAAAGGUCCAUAUGUGUAACAAACUUGCUAGUCGGCAUGUAAGAGUUGGGCUGGCUGACCCAAGUGAUGUUCCUCGAUGUGAUAUAUGUGAAAAUGCACCUGCUUUCUUUUAUUGUGAAGUCGAUGGAACUUCUCUUUGCCUGCAAUGUGAUAUGAUUGUACAUGUUGGAGGUAAAAGAACCCAUGGAAGAUAUCUGCUAUUAAGGCAGAGAGUUGAGUUUCCAGGGGAUAAGCCUGGCCGUCUUGAGGAACUAAGGUUACAAUCUGGUGAGCCUGGUGAAGCAAGAAGGGAGCAGAAUUGGCCACCUAUGAUGACAUUGAGAGAGACCCAGCCAAAUCAGAUGGCCUCUUCUGUUCCAAUGUUAGAGAAUAACACUCAUGGUGAUGGCAAGAUGGACAAUAAAUUGAUUGAUCUGAAUGCUCGGCCCCAAAGAGUACAUGGGCAAACUUCAAAUAACCAGAGUAUGGAUGUACAUAGUGGCACUAAUCAUGAAUCUGAAAGUGUAGUUCCUGUUGGAUCCUUCAAAAGAGAGCCUGAAAAGUAAGCAAGAUGUCGGACGCGUAUCUUUCACACAGCCUGUUGACUGGUUCAAGGACAAAUCUCUUUAGUCAUUUCUUCCAUAUUUAUAUGGGCUAGGUUUUUUCUCUUCUACUUCUUGGAGCAAAGCUGGUUAGACAAGGAGAGUUCUUACCCCUGCCAAAAGAAAUAUUUGCCUUAGGAAAAAACCGAAUUGUUAAUGGUGACGCUACUGUGGUUCUAGAACCCUCUGCAAAUUCUGUUACCAAUUGUUGCGCAGGUGAGGAAAAUGAUUGGAAAAAGGAACUUUCAUGCCAAGCAAAAAUGUUGCUAUAUAUCAAGAUAAUCUCCCAGUCUAAUGUUUGUAAGUAACUAUGAAUUUAUAAGGGAAUAAAAGAACUGUCCACAAAUGCAGUUGAUCCCUGUUUUGCAGCUUACUUGUCAA